AUGGCACAAUAUGCAAAUCUUGUAUCGUCAAAGGUUAUUGCAUCUGUUCUGAAUGGAAAGUACGCAAAUGGUCGCCCAGGACCAAGAGCAUGUGAUAUCCCAGACAUUGUUCUUGCCGAGCUGAAGGGUUUAAGCAUUGCCGGAAGGUGGUACUUGUUGAUGUUGUCGACUCUGAGAAUGAAGCUGCGUGGACUUGGUCAGGUUUACUCAAAAGCUUUUCAUGGAGCUUGUGCAGUUCACAUAGAGAGGAAUGUCAGACCUUUUUCUGGGAAAGGCCUAUUAGCAUUAGUUGGAAAAGCUGCUCGUGCAUUUAAUGUUGGUGAUUUUAAUGAGUCCUUUGACAAAAUCGGUUUUAGAAGCAGGCGAUGUGAAGAAUAUUUGAAUCGAAUACCACUUCCACAUUGGACUCAUGCUUUUUGUGAGGCGAAAAGGUACAAUAUAAUGAACAGUAACGUUGCAGAAGCUCUGAAUAGUGCUAUAGGCAAGAUUGUGGAGCUCCCAAUUGUGACUAUGGUUGAGUCUAUCAAGACCAAGUUAAUGCAGUGGUUCUGCAUUAGGCGAGCGAAAGCAAAAAGACUGGCUACACUCCCUGAGCCAAUCACACCGAAUGUAAACAAGUUUAUGCUUCGCUACCAUUUAGAAUCAGCUGGUUUGGCAGUUACUGCAGUAUCAGAUUGGUGUUACGAGGUGAAGAAAACAGAGGGGAAGACCUACUUUAUAGAUUUACAAAACAAGAGUUGUACUUGUAAUGCAUUUCAAAAGCUUAUGAUCCCUUGUUGUCAUGCCUUGGCUGCAUCAAGAAUAAAUGGUAUAUACAUUUCUUCUCUUCUAGAGAAAAUGCACCAUGUUAGUGUCUUUGCUGAUACAUAUUCAGAGCUCAUAUAUCCUGUGCCUAAUCAAUGCGAUGAGGAAGUCCCUGUUGUGGUAGUGGAGAAUGAAUUUGAGCCUCCUACUAACCCACCAGGCCCAGAACGCAGAAGGAAACGAAGGAUCCCUUCCACUGGAGAACAAGUGGGGAAUAAGCAGAAAAGAACGACACCACAUAAGUGUUCUACAUGUGGUCAAGCCGGCCCUAACCGAGCUACAUGCAAAAACAUCAUCGAAUAA